AUGGAGAGACAUGAUGGGGAAGACAAGAACGGGAGUAGUGAGGCACUAUUUGGUGAGGAUUCAAGGGGGAGAGCAAAAGAAAAGGGUUAUCAAGCAAGGGGGAAGUCUCAAUGGAGAAAUGACUAUAGUAACAAUGAGUGUUACUGUUGUAAGAAGAAGGGGCACAUUCAAAUGAUGUGCAAGGAGAUGAAGGAAGACCUUAAGAAGAUUAAAGACUUAAAGGUUGGAAGAAGAGAUGGUGAAAGUAGCAGGAGUGCUGCUCUAGGCUUUGUGGAUGAUGACUAUAAUGGUGCGCUUCUUAUUGAUGGGGGAGUUACUCGUAGUAAGGAAUGGGUGAUUGACUCCGGUUGCUCAUUUCAUAUAUGUUGUGAGAAAGAGAAGUUUGCUAAGCUUAGCUAUGUUGAUGGAGGCCUUGUCACUUUGCUUAAUGAUGAAAGGGUGAAGGUGGAAGGUAUUGGUGAGGUUGUGAUUGUGACACAUGAUGGUGUCAAGAGAAGGCUAGGUGGUGUGAGGUAUGUUCCAAAGCUUGAGAGGAACCUCAUAUCACUUGGUAGGUUGGAGUCCAAGGGAUGUACCUUCAAAGCUAGUGGUGGGUUGUUGAAUGUCAUUACGGGGAGUAUGGUGCUCAUAAGAGGGAGAAGGAGUGAGAGCAACUCGUAUAUGUUGCAAGUUGAUGGUGGUUGCCUAGGCCACAUUGAUGAUGGUUGCAAGUCACCCAAGAAGGUGACAUUUGAUAAUGGUAAGGGAAUUGGUCUUGAGAAGGAGAUUGUUGAAUCAAGAGCCAAUUCCCACAAUAUUGAUGAUGACUUUGAGCACCUCGUUGCUCAUGCUAUGUCUUGCACACUUGAGAGUAGUGUAGGUUGUGUCAUGGCAAAUGAGGUACUUAGGUUUGGGUCCCUUGAUCAAGUGUUACAUGAGGAUGACUUAAAGAGGAUUGAUCAAGGGAUGAGUAGAGGAAAAUAUUGCUCAGCAUGGCAGCGACACUCACGAAGGCCAGGGGGCACUGUUGAAGGCUGCUCGACCGUUCUAGCAUGUGUGGCUCGAUCGAGCGGAUUGUCUAGUUUUGGUCAGUUGUCUAGGGAGCUUGCUCGACUGGUCGAGCACUAUAGCUCGGGUCGAGCGGGAUACAGGACCACUCACUGA